UUCGAGUUUCGAAUAUGUCGAUAAGCGUUGUGACCACCCAGUGGAACAUCAUCAGCUGGUCGAGUCAGUACGUAACUUUAAGGUGGCACGAAAUCAUUGCACUAGCGAAGAACUAACUUCAAAGAAGUGAAUGCGCCUUUGUCGUCUAUGCGUUGACCAAAAUCCAAUUUUUACGAGCCUUUCGAGCUGCCUUACGACAGUGAUUGUAUAGGUACGCUGUCUUUUUGCCGUCUAGUCUAUCCGAUCUAAAUUCUAUUUGACAUUUUAGAGGACAUUCGCAGAUAUUAUGGUGGACUCGACGACGACUUAAAUAUAUCAUGGAACAUCUGACCUUUUUUCUCGAAUUCCCGACAAUUCUAUCUCGACAUUUUUUCCGUCGACCAUAUGCCGCCGUCGAACAGUCAAAUAAUAGUUGACACCCUGACAGGUGAGCCACCUAGGAAAUGAUUUUGAACAGACGCUUUACGUCGACUAUACGCUACAUAACUUGAUCAUCUGCAGGAGGGUUAACACAUCGGCCUCGCCUCAAGUGUUGAGAUAGUGACGAAUACAGUAUAAAGAUUCGUAUCGAGCCUGUCUCCGCGAAUGCCGCAUCAUAUGAUCAUAUUACAUUCCAUACAUAUCAUAAAACGUCUAACGAAUUACAUUCGUGGUCAAAAGAAACGAUGGAACGGCUUAUUAUAGUUUUCAAUACCGUAUACUUAUAUUUAUAAUAUAUUUGAGAUGUGAUCAUACGUGAUAAUAAAUACUCGAUACUUGAAAUGAAUUAGUGAUACAGGAAUGUGUGCGAGUUAUCCAAAUGCGGUGAAGUAGAUUGAUACUACAAAAAUAUGCUCCGACCACGAGGACACGGAAAAUCGUAUAUUUAUCAAGCGAUUGUUCGAAAGAAUUUCCGGAAAUGGUCAGGCGGUUACCUGGAAAAUCAAAGAUUUGAAAACGAAAGGCGUUCUGAAGUGCAAGGUGAAGCAGUUUUCAAACUGCCUUCGUUACCGGAAAAUUCUUGGUGUAGCAUUUCGCCGAGUGAUGUCGCUACUGCUUGCCGCGACAAGGUCGGUAAGGCUGGAUAUUUACGAGCGAGAAAAUGCUCCGUGGUAUUUUGCUGCAGGGUUCUUGACCAAUAGGAAUGCCAGUAAAGCCGGGUCAAGAACUGGGCAGCAAAGUAAUACGGCAGCAUUUUGCUGCCCGUGGAAAUCCAGCUUAAGCAAAACCCGUUUAGCUGUGCCGUUUAGUGACCACGCCGGUAACGACCGAACGUGUUGCGGGAUUAGGGUCGUUUGACAGUUGUGUUUACGAGUACAAUAACCUCAACCACUAUUGGCAGACAAGUGAUUACAGCGGUGUUAAAGGUGCAAGCAAGAUGCCGCAGUCCGAUUAGGCCUUGUUAUAACAUUGAGAAUAGCCAUGUAGCAUUAUGAGAUAUAGGUUGUUCAGAUAUAUCCGACUAAUUUGUUAGGUAAAGAGAACCGAAUCUUAACCUAUAAAAUAGCGAAAGAAAUAAAUAGUCAAUGAUAAUGGUAAGCGAGAUAAUAGACGGAUGAUGAGUGAAUCUGACGACACAGACGUCCUUCUGCUGAUACCUCCGGAUUUAUUUCUGGUUCCAUCGUCGGACUCCGAAGAUUCAGAGUUCGGCAGACAACAGUUGGGUUACGGCCUCGGAGUGGGUGCCACCGGUGUGGUUACAGAGUUGUUCGAACAGGUUCAGUCUCUUGAAAAUAGGAUAUCUCUGAUUGAAUCGAAGGACACGAGUUUGGAUGCCUCGUUUUUAAAUUGUUCUAGCGAAGCUCAAUUCAAGGCUGGCAGCUACUCGUCGCCUUCUAAACAGAACAAGCUAUCGCUCAGAAAUAAGUCAGGUUCAGUAAGUCAGAUUUCAAGCUUACAAAACACCCCAACUAAGCUCCGUCAAGUUUCUUCCGUUCCGACCACUCCCAGUAGCCAUCAUCAUCAUCUUCAUCAUCAUUCGACAAAUUAUACUAAUCAUUUCUGCUGCGAUAUGACGUCUGUCCAGUUUGAUGCUAUGAAUAGCAGCAACGCAACUAAUGCUUUGGAGUCUCAUAGUACUAACCUCAUCCCUCGGAACAAACACAACAACUUAACAUCGUUCUCUGAGCCAUCCAUCAUUCAACACAGCUCCAGUUCUGACGUAAAAACCACUGGGAUCCCGCAUUCAUUUGUCCCAUCCCAACACAGGGAAACGCACACUACGACGAGUCCCAAAUCUAACGCGAGUCUAAAACCGAUUGGAAAACGGCUCCAUCAACGAUCUGUUAAAGAGAUGGAACUUUCUGAAGUUGAUGAGCUUCUCCAUGAAAUGGAAGCAACGGAAGCUGAACUUGCUAAACGGAUUAGUAACAGAAGUUCGUAUCAGCUUCGUCAGGGAGACGUGUGCCACCCGAAUUCUAUCAGCGAAAAUGAUGUUAGGUUUAAAGAAGUGAAUUGGGACCAAGGAUUCAAUAGUGCAUCCCCAGCUUGUCGCUUGGACUCUAACUCUCAAUGUACUAAAUUAAGUGAUCCUCACCAAAAUCUUCCAACAGCCGUGACAAACAUCUGCAUGGCUUUCGAUGAGGAUUCCCUACAUUUAGAUGCGACCGACAAGAUGAUAGCUGAUUUCAAAACUUGGCGUUACAACUGUUGCCCAACAGUGCCACAAAAGGUUGAACAAGCUAAUAAUAAUCAUAAGGAUAGUAUGGCUAUGUCCGAGGAUUUGGAAAAACAAACUUAUGCGCGGUCAAAUUCUUUGUCAAAUGCAAAUAUUGAUGUAAAUAAAAAAAUCAUUGGGUCAGAUCAACCUACAAUAGCCGUCAAUAGUGACAAUGCACAUUUGCACGCAUCAAAUGAUCGUACGAAUUCAAAUACUGCUGCUUCGAAUUUGCAUAGUGAUACUUCGAAAGCUUACACGCCUGUACAUUCCACACAUGUAGAGUCUGGUCAAAGGCAGUUUGCACAAUCUCAUAGAAAUUCUUAUAGCACUGGUAAUUUAUUAAACUGCACGAAUGAGGACAUCCAUGUUUUCCAAAAUGUUGACGCAACGCACAAGAUGGGUAAUGAUGCAGCUACAAAUACAGAAUUCUCAAGAAAAUCACACCGGCUGUUAACACUCUCUGACUUUUGGGAAUCAGAUCCAAGUAAAUCUCAAGAGGAUAUGCUUCGGAUCAAAUUGGAAGAAGAAAAAUUUAGAAGAGAUCAUUGCGAGCACUUGAUUCAAGAACUUCAAAAAAGACUGCUUGAACAACAAGAAAAAGUAGCAGUAGCGGUGAGGGUAGAUAAUGAAAAAAACGUUGUUAUAACAAGACUUCAAAAUGCUUGGACCAAGUUGAAAUUGAGGUGGCAAGUAUUGGAAGCGGAAUCAAGUGACUUACAUUUAACCCUGAAAAACGUAAAAGAUAAACAUCGAACGGAAUGUACUGAACUUCAAUCCCAGAUCAAACGGUACGAAGGGGAAUUAUCGAAAGCACUGGAUCUAGCUGGUGGUUAUAAAGAAAAAAGUGAUACCUUGACUAAAGAAAAAUUAGAUUUAUUAAAGAGUCAUGCAGAUGAGCUAGAAAAUUAUAAAUCUUUGGUACAAGAAGUUGAGAAUAGGUACAGUCAACUAAAAGAUGAAUACAACAAAGUACUAGAUCACAACCAACAACUUGGAGUGGCACUGAAAAAUACUCAGCAAGAAGUGAAUAAAGAGAGACUUCGAGGCGGUGAAGUAAGAGAAGAAAUGGGUGUAAUUCAUAAAGCUCUUGACGCCUGUGAAGCGGAGCUGAUCGUUCUUCGGCAAGAAAAGGAAAAUCUUCAGCUAAAAUUGAAAGAAGAAACGAAUAGAAAUCAUAUUUUGGAACAAAAUAAGUCUACCCUUCUUACAGCCAUAGAUGAAGCAAAAAUGGCAGAGAAAGCAGCUAACGCAGAAGCAAAGUCUAUAGCUGCUCAACAAGAAAGAAUAAGAAUAGAAUUGCGAGAGGUUUACCAGAAACAAGUCGACGAAGUAGUGAAAGCUAAGCUCCAAGAAUUUCAAUCACAACUUGAUGCAGCCGAAUCUGCGUUUCACUCUGAGUUGGAAAGUAGGCAGCGUGCAAUCGCUGAAUGUGCAGCUAGGAAGAUCAAAACUGUUCUUGAUAAACAUCAGCUAGAGAUAAAUUUAUUGGAGGAAAAGCAUAAAGAAGAAAAACGGCUGUAUGAAAUUCAAUUGGCCCAGGCUAUGCAACAGGUUUCAAUGCUGAAUACUAAGUUGAAUUCUCAACACGCCAACAAGACUCAACUUGCCGAGCAAUUGCACUCAGUCAUGCAAAGGCAAUGGCAGCAAGCACUGCAAAUUAUAUCAGGUGGUAAUAUGGAUAAUCUAACUCCCAUACAACGUAUUCAUGCUGAAAAGUUUUUUGAAAAUAAACAUCCAAUGAAAUCAGAAUCCAGCCCGAAUAUCGGGAGCAGUAUUAUGGAGCCUAUGCGACUGGAGUCACAUUCCAUGCCCGUGAUUGAUGGGCGAGGCUUCCUUUCUGCCCGUUUAACUGAAGAAAGAGAUGGACACUCGAAAUCAAACACUUUAACUGAUAAUACUCCAUUAACAAGUCGCAGAGAUCAGCCAAAAGAUGAUCUUCGUAGAUAUAUCAAAAUGAUAUUGGAUAUGCAACAGCCAAAGUCAAACUUUGUGCAAGCACCGUGUUCUGAGUCACGCCAAAGUCCAACUCCGAUUUGCAGAGAAGUCCCUAGAAAGCAUUACACGAAGAAAGAACAGAGUUUUCUCAGUGAAGAUAGCAGUGUGGUUUGGCAACCAAGUUCCGAGGUCUUUACUCAAGAAGAAAGUGAAUAUGUUUCUGUUCCUGAAAAACCGGCGGCAAAGGGGGAUCAGCAGAAAAAUAAGCCUCCAUGGAAAUGAAUUCUUCAAUUCAAUUUUGUUGAACCACAUUAAUAAUGUCAAAUUUUGACAGUCAACUAGAUAUACGCAUUUGUGAAAUAUGUAAGCAUAAACGUAUGCAGUACAUUCUCUCAUCUAUGAACGAAUUUUGUAUCACAACGCAGCUCGCUAAAAAUACGAACUUUUUAAGUAAA